AUGGAUGUGACUAACGCUUUCCUUCAUGGAAGCUUGGAUGAGGAGAUCUACAUGAGUCUUCCUCAAGGCUAUACUCCCAAAGGUGGUGCUCCUCUUCCUCCUAAUGCGGUUUGUCGCCUCCAUAAAUCACUUUAUGACAACGAGGGACACGGUUUAUUGCUCUUGGUGUAUAUUGAUGACAUCAUGAUUGCAUCUAACAAUGAUGUUGAUUUACAUGAUCUUAAGGCUGUUCUACAUGUUGCUUUCAAAAUCAAGGAUAUGGGAGCACCUAAGUUCUUAUUGGGGUUAGAAAUUGCCCGAAACAGCUCUGGUAUCUCUGUUUGUCAACGCAAAUAUGCUCUUGAUAUAUUGGCUUUGACUGGCUUGUUGGCUUACAAACCCUGCAGUGUACCGAUGAAUCCUAAUGUAACAAAGGCCAUGGGCACUCCUCUUGAACCUGCUCGGGCAACAUCCUAUAGAGAACUCAUUGGCCGGUUACUUUAUCUUACAAUCACUCGGCCCGAUAUUAACUUUGCAGUCCACAAUUUGAGCCAAGUUCUUUCUUGUCCUACGGAUACACAUCUUCAGGCUGCAUAUCAGAUUUGCCAUUAUAUCAAAGGUAAUCCUGUCCAAGGCCUCUUCUAUGCUGCUAACUCGGAACCUUGCCUUAAUGAUUUUUCUGAUGUGGAUUGGGGUACUUGUCCUGAGACUAGACGGUCGAUAUCUGGUUUUUGUGUUUAUCUGGGCAAGAGCUUGAUUAGGUUGAAGUCUAAGAAGCAACAAGUGACUAGUCUUAGCAGUACAGAGUCUGAAUAUCGAAGUAUGGUUCUCGCCACUUGUGAGCUUUUGUGGUUGAAUCAGCUACUUAAAGACUUGCAGGUCACUGUUACGUCCCCUGCAAAGUUGUUCUGCGAUAAUAAGUCGACCAUACAUAUCGCAACUAAUCCCGUGUUUCAUGAGAGGAUGAAACACAUUGAAAUAGAUUGUCACACCAUCAGAGAUCAGAUGAAGAAUGGUUUCUUGAAGCUGUUCAGUGUUUCCAGUGCGAAUCAACAUGUUGACAUCUUGACAAAGGCUCUUCAGCCUGGACCGUUUUACUCUCUCCUUGGUCGUAUGUCUAUAUCAAGCCUCUUCCAUCCUUCACACUGCUUUGUUUCAGCGGCUUGA